AUGCAGUUUUCGACUCUAAGCCUUCUCGGCCUCCUACAGCUGGCGAGUUGCCAGAACAUUGUGGGCUUCGGUCCUGCAUUCUCCCUGGGCCCAACAAAGUCAUGGAUCCGCGAAGCCACCACGACACUUGUCUUGCCCAAGGUUCCCAACCCUCCCAAGGACCGCCUUGCUCUGUGGCCCGGCAUGGGGACAAGUGGUGGUGAUCUUAUCCAGGCUCUCGCGGUUGCGUUUUCGGACCCUAAGCGGGAAUGUGGUGCAAGCGCAGGGCAAUGGUGCACAUGGGCCAGCACACUGCAAGGAGAACAACUCGGUGGCAAGCAAGUUCCAGCCAAGGCUGGCACCAAGCUCACCAUUCACUACGUCUACAAUGACGCUACCAGCAAAUACGACCAGACCGUCACAGUUGGUGGCUCUGUUAUCUCGUCCCUCUCAACUUCCUCUGGUCAUGCCGAGGGUUGGGGCACCGCUGUUGAGUGUCAAGACGAUGCUUGCGUCGGCACGGUAGCCGCCCAUCAAUACCUUGACACAACCAUCAUCUUGAACGAGGCCGACAAGUCAUUUGGAAACACACUGGGUAUCAACGAGGCCGACUCUUCGGGAUUGCACACAGCGGACGGUGGUAAGACCUGGGAGGUGACCACCAUCAACAUUCACUCCCACACUUUUAAUGUCAGAAGCUAG